GGAAAUACAAUUUCCCGCCACAAUUGUCAAUCACUCCCUGUGUGAAACAUGUCAUUGUAGUGUCAUCAGUGGUGUUGUUUCAGGCAUCUUUGAGCCUUGGCGAAGGACAAGUUUGGAGGCGUGUGAGCUCCUUUCUGGCAGUAAUUUAACCCUACACAGGCGAUGGCGUACCAGCGUGCGCAGCAGCGGACAAGGAGCGCCUGCAAUUACGUGACCAUCGCCUCCAAGGUGAUCUGCUCGCCGCCUCCCAGCAUGGUGCACAACUACUCGAAGGCAAGCGCCGCUGCCGCCGACUACGACGACGUCGACGUGGUGACGUGCACGCCAGGGCCGGCGCUCUCCCGCGCGUGGCACGCCACCUCCCGGCUCCCGCAGGCCAAGCGGAAGCUCGACCUGGAAUCGCCGCCAACGAUGGCGACGCCGCGUGUGCCCGACGAGGGCUCGACGCCGAAACGCGGCCGCCCGCCCUCCUCCUCCUCGUCCUCCUCCGGCGGCGGCGGCAAGAGGAAGCUGCAGACGAGGGGGAAGCUGGCGUCGCCGGAGAGGACGCGCUUCGACACGUCGCUCGGCCUGCUGACGCGCCGCUUUGUCGGGAUGCUGCGCUCGUCGCCCGACGGCGUGCUCGACCUGAACGUUGCCGUGACGACGCUCGACGUGCAGAAGCGGCGCAUCUACGACAUCACGAACGUACUCGAGGGCAUCCGGCUCAUCCAGAAGGAGUCGAAGAACAAGAUCCGCUGGCGCGGCUGCAGCGUCGGAGAGCAGCAGCGCGCGGCGGCGAGGCAGACGCAGCGGCGGCGCGAGAUCGCAGACAUGGAGGCCGCCGAGGGCCGGCUCGACGAGAUGAUCGCCGCGGCGACGCUGCAGCUGCGGCUUGUCACGGAGGACGCGGCGAACCGGCGACUCGCCUACGUUGCCUACCGCGACAUCCGCCGCAUCCCGGAGUUCCGCGAGCAGACCGUGAUCGCGGUGCGCGCGCCGCCGGAGACGCGGCUCGAGGUGCCGCUGCCCGGCGACGUUGUCGCCGCGACGACGCAGAUGUCGCUGCGCAGCGAGCGCGGCGAGAUCGACGUCUACCUGUGCCCGGAGGAAGAGGGUGCCUCCGGCAGCGAGGAGCUCGCAAAGUACAGCCGUGCGCGCGGCCCCGGUGCCGACGACGAGUCGCGGGGGGGAGACACGUCGCAGAUCGAGCGCAUCCUUACGACGCCGUGCGGCAUCCGCGCCGACAACACCCCGACGAAGCGCGGGCGCGCGUGCGUGACGGUCGCCACGGCGACGCCGUCGUCGUCGUGCGGACUCGGCGGCGCAACCGACUUCUCGCCACUCAAGCUGUUCCAGACGGAGGACCAGUACGGCGACGACGGCGCGUUCGUGCAGCUGGAGCCGCCGAUCACCGACGCAGACUACACGUUCACCCUGGAGGAGAGCGAGGGAAUCUCCGACUUGUUCGACGCAGCCGGCGUGUUGUAGUGUGACGCGCGCGGGCGCGUGCAAAACCCUCCGCGCGCUGCUCCUCUACCCCCUUGCGAUGAGAGAUCUUUGAAUCCUCCUCCGAUUAUUUAACCGAACUUAUUAUUAACUGAACGUGUUUGUAUGUCAUGAUGAGCACUCGGCGGAUGGUAUGUCGGGCCCCCUUUGAUUUAGGGGGUCUUGCUUAUUGUUGCGUGCUUGUAAAGCUAUCGGUGGUACGUAGGGCCCCUUCUGAUUUAGGAAAGUGUGGUCUUAUUGUUACGCGCUAGUAAAGUGAGCGUAAUUCGACCACCGAUUAUGUGGGACCCCCCCCCCCUUAUAUAGGAAAGUGCGUUCUUACUUGCUUAUUGUUACGUGUUUGUAAGGUGAACAUAUGACCAAGGAUACACAGGAUUCAUGUAGGAAAUGUUCCUAUGCAAACUGUUUUUUUGGCCUGUUGCAUUGUGUCUACCUAUUAUGGUGAAAGAUAUCACUAUUAUAAAGAUUAUUUUAAAGCAAUUUACGGAGAUAUGAUCAUAUUGCAAUUAUUGCAAAUGUAUACUAUACGUGUACAAUACACUAAUGCAUUAAUGUCACUAAUGCAGCGUCAUGCUGUUCAGAAUUAGAUGUCGACAAGCAUUGUUUAAAAAAGUCGUUUAUAUAGCCACUAUGUAGUUUAAAAAAAGUAAAAAGCAUUUAUUUACACAAAAAGAUAUAUACAGGUCUGUAUAUAAUAUUUUUUUUCAAUACUACAUUUUUGUAUGAACAAAGGUAAAUGGUACGAUGGCUGACUCGUUAAGCAUAUUUUACGUAUUGGUAAAAUAUAUUGGACAUAAGACUUGACACAAAACGAGGGUUUUGAACAGUACAGUACAGUUUGAGCACAAGUUGAUUGUUUGCAGGAUACCCUGCUGUGCAGAGAAAUAAACAAACGAAUGCUUAUUAGAAUGAA